AUGGAUUACGGUGCUAGUGUUCUAUUGUAUGUUGGUUUCUUUUUAGAUCUUUUUGCGGCAUCUGUAGACCAUCUAAUGACAUUAAUUGUUGGCAUUGGACCAGUCGUGUAUAGUCUCAAUAAUCCUGAUCCACAAAUACAAUCACUUUUAUUUUGUAAACUACGUGGUUAUAUAUUUCAAAUAUGUUUAAUGCUUUCUCGUUGGUUUAUUGCAUUUGCUUGUGUUGAUCGCUAUGCAUUAACUUCAGACAAAAUUAAUUUAAGAAAUUUUGCUAAACCAAAACUAGCAUAUCGUAUAAUUGUUAUCAUUAUUAUUUUUUGGUCAAUUAUUUGUUCUCAUCGACUUAUAUUUUAUGAAAUCAGAGGGAAAUUCUGCGGUAUUAUAAAUAAUAUGGCAGCAGCACUUUAUCAUAGUCUUUAUGUUAUUAUUGGAGGUGGCAUAUGUCCAGCUAUGAUUAUGAUUAUAUGUGCAUGGUUUAUUCGUCGAAACCUCGCACAUAAACAUAAAAAACGAACACAACUAUCGUUAGGUGAGAGUCAACGAAAUACACUUGAUCAACAAGUUCUUCGCAUAUUAUUCGCGCAAAUUAUUUGUUAUAUUAUAUUUACAAUUCCUCAACUAUGUAAUUUAGUAUUUAAUACAAUCUCAAUAACAAUUCCUAAUCGAUCAAAUGAACAUUUAGCUAUUGAAGUAUUUGUUGCGUUUCUAGCAGAGUUGAUGCUUUAUUUAUUUCCAGUGACAUCAUUUUAUUUAUAUACACUUACAUCUCGUACAUUUCGUAAAGAAUUAAUCAAAUUUUUUUCUUCCAUGCUCAGUCGAAAAGGUCGAAUUACUCCAGCAAUUGGUGGCACAACUGCUACUUUCCAUGUCGAUCAUUAG